AUGGAUGAAAACGACGUGAAGAAGCUGUGGAUACAUUGCAAUCGCUGCUAUAAACAAUAUGUGCACCAUAAGGAAACCAGUGGUAGUAGGUUCUUUCUUUUAGCGUGCCAGGACAUCGCAUGCGAUAAGUGUGUAGAAGCGGCGCCAGGACGAUCGCCCAGCGAUGCCCCCAUUUACAUCUGUCCCAUAUGCAGGUGCAAAGUUCGUGGUCGACAGAUUAACAAUGCAAUGCCGUACCAUUUGAAGUCCCUUUUUCAUCCGGAACCGUGGUUGGAUGAGCUGCGCAAUGAAGCUAUAGCAGGUUUUCAACGCAAGCACAUGAACCGCUUUUUGAAGUAUUGUCAAGAAAAGGAGAAAGAGGUUCAGAAGGUAGACAGUGACAUGACCUUGGCUCUUACGGCUUGCCAAAAAUUGUACCUAGAGCUCGAACAAGCGCGACAAAUACGCAGGCAACUAGAGAACCGAGCGCAGCAAAUUAAACAGCAAAUCAAGAACAAUAGUCACAUCCGGAAGUACUUGUACCUCAUCAAAUGGUCCCGUUAUUCAAAAGAGAGUUCGGCUAGACGCACGUGCUAA